AUGGCUCUGCCUCUCCGAUGUGCUCGCGCUGGGGCGGCAUCGCGGACCCCAAUUCCUUCGAUGCGCAUAGCCAGACUAUCGACCUCUGCAGCCUCCCAGUCACGGAUCAACUCGGACGUCAAGAUCACCAGGACUGGAAAGCCGAUUCUCACGGUAGCCGGUGGUAGAUCGUCGCUCGGAGGAUACACUGCGACCGUCUUCGGAGCCACUGGAUUCUUGGGACGCUAUAUCGUGAACAGGCUGGCACGCUCAGGAUGUACCGUUAUAAUCCCAUUCCGCGAGGAAAUGGCCAAGCGCCACCUGAAGGUUGCUGGUGAUCUCGGUCGCGUCAUCUUCCUAGAAAUGGACCUGCGGAACACAGCCUCCAUCGAAGAGAGCGUUCGUCACUCUGACAUUGUCUACAACCUCAUUGGUCGCGACUACCCCACCAAGAACUUCGAUCUCGAGGAUGUCCAUGUUCACGGAACGGAGCGCAUCGUGGAGGCUGUUGCCAAGUACGACAUUGACCGAUUCGUGCAAGUCUCAUCCCACAGCGCAUCGCUGGACUCGCCAUCUGAUUUCUACCGAACAAAGGCCCAGGGUGAACAGCUGGCGCGCUCCAUCUACCCAGAAACAACCAUCGUUCGACCAGCGCCUAUGUUCGGAUUUGAGGAUCGUCUUCUCCACCGCCUCGCUUACCCUUCAAAUAUCGUGACUUCCAACAACCUGCAAGAGCGCCUUCGGCCUGUCCACGUCAUUGAUGUCGCCAUGGCCCUCGAGCACAUGCUGCAGGAUGACACCACGGCUGCUGAGACCUACGAACUCUACGGCCCGACCGAGUACUCCAUGGCCGAGAUCAACGACCUUGUUGAGAAGGAAGCCAUGAAGAAGCGCGGUCACGUCAAUGUUCCCAAGGGUCUUAUGAAGCCCAUUGCCACAUACGCCAACAAGUUUAUUUGGUGGCCAAUCCACUCCGGCGAUGAAGUCGAGCGCGAAUUUAUUGAUCAGACAGUUGACCCCAAGGCCAAGACGUUCAAGGAUCUGGACAUUGAGCCUGUGGAACUGAAGAGCUUGACGUUCGAGUACCUCAAGGGAUACAGAAGUUCAAACUACUAUGACUUGCCACCAAUGAGCGAAAAGGAGAAGAGGGAGGAGAAGAAGUACCUGCAUGUUUUGGAUGAUCAAUAGAUGCAAUAGCGCGGUGGGAGUCUGUAAAUAUCAACGCUCGUAGAUUUGCAUGAGCUGGAUUGUUCGAAAUCAAGUCUAUUUUCCUUUUGUGUUUAACAUGCGAA